CAGCGUAGAUCGCUUGGUUAAUUAUAAUGGCAGCGUUCUAGUUUUGACGCGUUGCGUCUCUCGCAGUUUACAGCACAGAAACAAGCUCGAGCUGCACAACCGGUUAGACGCCUCCAAACCCGGAAGACGCGCGGAAGGGAUGGGGAAGAUCUCUCAUUUCACUUGAUCAAACUUUACCAAAAUUCACAAAACUUCGACUCCUGUCAGUCACUUCAGGUCACACAACAGCUUUGAUAAGGAUGGCAGCGUCCGCGAUCUUCAUCCUGGACCUUAAAGGCAAGGUGCUCAUAUGCCGAAACUACAUGGGCAACGUGAACAUAAAUGAGAUUGACAACUUUAUGCCCAUAAUGAUGAAGAGAGAGGAAGAUGCAGAUGUGUCACCAGUGGUUAUUCACGGCUCGACCCACUUCCUCUGGAUCAAGCACAGCAACCUCUACUUGGUUGCAAUAACAAAGAAGAAUACCAAUGCUGCUCUUGUAUACUCCUUCCUGUACAAAUUAGUGGAGGUUUUCACUGAAUAUUUCAAGUCACUGGAAGAAGAGAGUAUUCGAGACAAUUUUGUGACAGUAUAUGAGCUAAUGGAUGAAGUCAUGGACUAUGGAUUCCCUCAGACCACUGAUAGCAAGAUCUUACUAGAGUACAUCACCCAACAUGGGCAUAAGCUGGAGGUGGGAGCACCCCGGCCCCCAGCUACAGUAACCAAUGCUGUGUCUUGGAGGUCAGAGGGAAUCAAAUACAGGAAAAAUGAAGUCUUCAUGGAUGUCAUUGAGUCUGUCAACCUAUUGGUCAGUGCUACAGGCAGUGUUCUGCGUAGCGAGAUUCUGGGCUGCAUCAAACUCAAAGUCGUUCUGUCAGGCAUGCCUGAGUUAAGGCUUGGACUCAAUGACAAAGUUCUCUUCGAGAUCACAGGCCGAGAGAAGAGCAAGUCUGUGGAGCUAGAAGAUGUUAAAUUUCAUCAGUGUGUGCGUCUGUCUCGCUUUGAGAACGAAAGGACUAUCUCUUUCAUCCCACCUGAUGGAGAAUCUGAACUAAUGUCUUAUAGACUCAACACCACGGUGAAGCCUCUAAUAUGGAUUGAGAGCGUUAUAGAGAAGUUCUCUCACAGUCGAGUAGAGAUCAAGGUUAAGGCCCGCAGUCAGUUCAAGAGCCGCUCUACUGCCAACAAUGUGUCCAUCUUAGUUCCUGUUCCCAGUGAUGCUGACUCCCCCAAAUUUAAGACCACCACGGGCCAGGCUAAAUGGGUUCCUGAGAAGAGUGCUGUGGAAUGGAACAUCAAGUCCUUCCCUGGCGGGAAAGAGUUCAUGAUGCGAGCUCAUUUUGGACUGCCAAGUGUGGAAAAUAAUGAACUCGAGGCCAAACGACCAAUCACAGUGAAGUUUGAGAUUCCGUACUUCACAGUGUCAGGCAUUCAGGUGCGAUACUUGAAGAUUAUCGAGAAGAGUGGAUAUCAGGCAUUACCGUGGGUGCGAUAUAUUACUCAGAGUGGAGAUUAUGAACUGAGGACCAACUGAGAAAGGACAGCGCCUGUGUAUGUUGUUUGUUCUGUCUGUCCUUUUUCAUCUGUGAGACUGCUACUGCUUUUUACACAGCAGUUGGACUGCUAUUGCUUUUAUCUGAGAUCAGGAUUAACAAAUUAAACAAGGAAGUCAGACCACAAAAUGAAUGUGAAACCCCAUGAAACAAUUGAUUUUGGAUUAUAAUCCUAAAGUCGUGUUACAGAAACAUCCUAGAAUCUACCUAUAUAUGUAACGGUAUAUAUAAAAACAUCACUUUUCACCCUCAUUGUGUCGUUC